AUGGGAGACAGCUCCUACAAUGCCUCGGAUCUGAACUCAGUCCUCAACACCUUGUCUAGUCUAGCUUCUCAGGGUCAGGGCAGCACUAAUCAACAUAUACCCACACUUAAUCACCCGCCAAAAGCCACAACAUCUCAAUCCAAGCCGUCCGAGGAUCCACGACCGCCAAGGAUAACGAGACCGCCCACCACUUCUACAUCUACAUCUGACUCGUCAACCAUCACAACUUGGCCCGCAGCACUGCGACAUGUGAUGCGAACUGUGGGUCAAAACGAAGAGACUCAAGCGCGCAUCCGCGGUAUGAUCCGAAGUCAACACCGCCAUGAACAACAAUGGUUCCAUGCCCGUGAGGCAUUAUUGAAGCAGCAGCAGGGCCGCCCUGAGAAACAGAGGGAGCUAGAUGCAGUCCUGAGAUCGAUUGGUGCCCCUGUUAAAGAGGACGAUGGCUCAACUGAAAAGGAACUUGCCGCAGAGAUUGCUACCUACGAUGCAAAGGUUCAUAGGGCAGCCGUGCAAAUGGGAGAUGCUAUCAUUGCUGAAUUGCGCGGUCUGGGUAUUCCGUUCUUUACGCUUCGGAAGGAGCUAGUUCAGGAUAUUCCAUCGAACAUAGAAGGCUCACAGCCCCGGAGCCAGGCGGAGUUCACUGGAAGCAGCCCAUUACCAAUUACCAAAUCUGAGCUUGUGAAGUCGCAGCAACGCAUGUUGGAAUUGCUAGAGGAUCUGUGUAAAUAG